GGAUGGGAGGUGUUCGUCGCUAACCCAGAAGCCGUAAAGCAAAUAUUCAAUAAUAUUGAUAUAUUUCCCAAGUCAGAACCUUUGUCUGACUCUGAUGGUACACUAUUUGGCGGCUUUAUUGCUGGCCCAAACCUUGCAUUCUUAAGUGGAGCCGCGUGGAAAACCCAAAGAAAGUUAAUCAAUCCAGCUUUUCGACAAUCGAUGCCAGUCAAUUUCUUUGCUUUAUCCACCCAGAGAUUGAUCCAGGUUGUGGAUAAGAGUAAUGAUCAAGUUAAUGUAACAGAACUUAUGGGAAGACUUACGUUGGAUGUCAUCGGAAAAACUGGUUUCGGGUUCGACUUUCAUGCCAUAGAUAAUCCAGGAAAUGAAUGGGUUCGAAUCUAUAAUAACAUUACACGCGGCUUGUAUAGGCCAUUAUGGUUUCUUGUUCCUAUCCUCGAAAGAAAAUUCCUAUGGAUGUUCCCGGAGAGACAAAAGGUUCACCAAGACCUGAACAAAUUUUUAUCUAUGCUGGACAUCAUAAUUGACAAAAAGCAUAAAGAUAUGAAAGAAAUGAAGGAUUUGCAAUUGGAAAACAAUGAAAAGGAUAUUUUGACUCUUAUGAUUGAAGGAGCAGCCGAAGGAAACGGUAUUUUAUCGUAUAAAGAGUUGCAGAGCAAUAUUUGUGUCUUUUUCUUAGCUGGACAUGAAACAACAUCAAAUGUUUUGUCCUUUGUCCUAUACUAUUUGGCUGUAAAUCCAGAACUUCAACACAAAGCAAGAGAUGAAGCUCUGAGAAUUUUAGGGGAUGAUCCAAAAGAGAUAUUUCCUACUGUAGAGCAAACCAAACAUAUGGAAUAUAUCACCAUGGUAAUCAAGGAAACACUUCGGUUGCGCCCCCCUGCUCCUUCUGUCCUUACUCGUACCUGUGCCGCAGAUACCGUAGUUGCUGGUGUUUUUAUUCCCAAGGGAGCAUUUAUAGCUCCUGAUAUCUAUGACCUUCAUCAUAAUCCGGAUAUCUGGGAAAACCCUGAAACGUUUAAUCCUGAGCGGUUCCGAUCUGGAGGGGAAGCCGAUAUUUUGACCAAUAACGGAAUGCCCUGGGCUCCAUUUGGAGGUGGUACUCGUCUCUGCAUUGGCAUGAAUUUUAGCUUAACACAACAGCGUGUUGUACUGUCUAUGCUAUUGAGAAAGUAUACAUGGACGCUUCCAGAAGAUUCAAUAUAUAAAGAUGAUCUACACACCAAUGCAAUAGGCACUUUGACUGCCAAAAAAUUGGAAAUAUCUUUCCGAAAGAGAUAUUAG